UCAGUCUCGCAUAAUUUCACUUGGUCAAGCACCAAAGUCUGGUCAUUUUCUCGUAUUUUUUUUUGCUUCCUUUGGUUGUUCCAAUUCUGAGAAGGAGUAAUUAAUUAAUUUCAGUGUUUAAACAAAUGGAUAAGCUGAAUUUUAUUAAAAAUGGAGUGAGUAGAUUGCCUCCUGGUUUUCGUUUCCAACCAACAGAUGAAGAGCUUGUGUUUAAUUAUUUGAAAUGUAAAAUCUUCUCAUGCCCCUUGCCUGCUUCCAUCAUUCCUGAGGUCAAUGUUUGCAAGUAUGAUCCUUGGGAUUUGCCAGGAGGUUGUGAUGAACAAGAGAGGCACUUUUUUAGCUCCAAGGAAGCAAAGUAUAGAAAUAGUAAUCGGAUGAGUAGAACAACAAAAUGUGGAUAUUGGAAGGCAACAGGGUCAGACAAAAAAAUUUCAUCUUCAACUUGUAAUGGCAUUGCAGGGCUAAGAAAAACUCUAGUUUUCUAUGAAGGGAAAUCCCCAAAUGGGUCUAGAACUGAUUGGAUCUUGCAUGAAUAUCGCCUCAUCAAUGUAGAAACUACUAACAACUCAGCUCAGAACUAUGGAAAUGAGAUAGGAGAAUGGGUUCUGUGUCGGUUAUCUGUAAGGAAAAGAAGUGGAUUAGAAUAUGGAAGCACUAGUACUCCUAAUUCAAGAUUAAUGUUUGAUUUUAUGAUGGUAAACAACAAGACAUGUUCUUCUACAUCCUCUUCAUGCUCAAGUUCCAGUAAUAACAUUGAGGUCUCUUCAAAUGUACAAGAUCAUGAACAAGACUAUGCUGAUCAUUUUUAACUAAGUAGUGAAUAUUCUUAAUCAGUUAAUUUCCAUUUCUUUGCUACAUCCAUUGAACGCCAGAGGAUUAUCCAGUGAUGUAUUAGAUGCUUGCAUAUUUCCUAGCUAUGAUUAAAAUAUUGUACUAAUAUGCUUAUCUCGUUCGCGUUUUUAAUUUAAUACUAGUGAUUUCAUUGAGCUCGAUGUGUUAUAAGCUCUGGAUUAAA